AUGCUGCUUCCAGAGAGCCGCCGUCCAGUUCCCAGCCGCUGUCCACCAUUGCCGAGCUCUGUUUUCCGGCAACAGCCGGUCACACAGCUCCUCACCAUGAAUUCCGGCGAGCUCCCUUGCGCCAUCUCCGACGUGAAUAGCAGUCCCGGCGAGCCUCCUCUUUCACGACCAACAGACGUCAUUCGCGACCAAGAGCAGCAUCCCGUGAACGUCACUGCAUAUGUUUGUCUCCCAGCACCAAACACUGGGCGAGGACAAAAUGUCAAAAGCAGGGCCCAAGUGAUCUCUGUCAAGAAAUACCAAGAGGUUAGUCCUGGUUUGGACAUCUUUCUCCAUUUUUUUACCUGCAGUAUUCGUAAUGGUUCUGUGUUAAUCUCAGUUGUAAUCAAUCAAUCUGGAAUUGAGAGAAUUGUUGUGCCCAGAGUCGACCGACAGACUUUGUUGAUGAUUUGGUUUAGGUUUUGUCAUUUGAUUGUCCUUCAAGGUUCGGUGAUGCAGGAUUCAUUUGGGCGGGCGAAGAAGUGGAUGCAGGAGUUACAAAAGCAAGGUAAUCCUAGCACCGUUAUGGCACUUACUGAAAAUAAAUGUGAUCUUGAAGAUAAGAGUUAUGUGACUGCGGAACUUUUAGCUACCAAAUAA